UUACUUCCUUUGAAAUAUUUUCAAAUUAAAAGCCCCACUGUAUAAAUCUGUAUUAUCUUUGUUUAUUAAAUUAGAAAAAAUGGGAGAAAAUACCAGGAUGUAAAUAUAAGGGUGAUAAAAGUAUUAUUUGAUUUUAUUUAUUUAUCUACCAGCUAUGAACUUUUACGGUUAAAUCUACCACCACUUAUUGUAGGGUGUUUACAGUUUAUGUAUUAAAAACAAAAGUAGGUUAAAGAAUAGUUGAACAGGGCGAUAAUAAUAAAGAGAAUUGAUUUUUUUAAAACUUUUUUUUUCAAAUUAAAAUGAACUUUUUGACUGUUGCACUCCUAUUUAUUUAUUUUAUUUGUUUUUUAAGUAUUGUUUCAUCACACUACCAAACCUGUGUCUAUUUAAAAAAUAUAUUUUUUUGCUUUGUGUGAUAGGAAUGAAGUAAUGACACAAAUAAAUAAAUUAUUGGGGUACUCCAAAAUAAAAAUUCUUAAGCACGUAUGCCAAAUUUUUCAUUUGUAUAAGGACUGGUAUACCAUAGAUUAAUUAAAUUAAGUGUAAAAAUAUAUAUAUUUUAAGAACAAGAUUUUUUAAUGUUUGUUUAUUAUUUUAACUCUUAUAAGCUGACCAGUACAAGGUACAAAGUAUUUCAUAAUAUUAUUGAUAGUAUUUCUCAACAGGUUGUAUAAAAACGUCUGUAUUUUGUUUAACUUUUUAAUUUCUUACUAAAUAUUACUUAUUUUCAAAAUGGUAAUUUUAGAAUUUUUUUAAUUUUAUUUUAAAUCUGUUUUCAUUUUUUUGUUUAAAUCAAAGUGAAAGUUUGUGAAGGACCUUAUUGUGAAAGUUUAAACCGUCAAACUUCCGGUUAGUAGUGGUGAAUUGUGAGCAUGCGCGCGAGGACCGUCGUGGAGAGCCUGUGAGUGCUCUCAGGAGCGGUCCACGCGGUUGUAGACCGCCGCUGUCGGCACAUUCAGACUUUUUUUAUUCUCAGCGUAAAAAUCUUUUUUCUGUUCAGGAUUAAACCCGUCUGUUCAUCUGCAUUUUUCCCGUCAUGCAUCGGUUCUGAUACCUGUGAGAUCAGAUUAUGCAUUCGGUCCAAACUGUCUUGUUGGAGUCCAAGCAUCCACCUAAACAUGCGCCGCCCUACCCUGCACCGCCCGCUACCACCAAUCCCCACCACUCCCAUGUGAUCACCGCCCCGCCGGCCAAACGGAUCACCUUCUACAAAAGUGGGGACAGUCAGUUCGGGGGCGUCAGGAUGGCCAUCCACAAGCGCAGCUUCAAAUGUUUUGACGCCCUGCUGGACGACCUUUCCCAAAAGGUGCCCCUCCCCUUUGGAGUGCGGACUGUGACCACCCCCAGAGGGACCCACACCAUCAAACACCUGGAGCAGCUCCAGGACGGCGGCUGCUACCUCUGCUCCGACCGGCGCUACGCUAAGCCAAUCAACAUGGAGCUGGCCGGCAAACACCAGGGCUCUUGGCAUCAUUACGGCCGGCGGCCCCAGCGGCCCGAAGCCUUACCCGCCACUCCGCCCGGUCACGUGCGCCUACCAUACCGGCCGCGACGGAUCCUGUUGGUGAAGAACAGCGAGCCCGGGAUGAGGAGGAGCAUUGUGCUAAAUCGGAGGUCGACCAGAAGUCUAAAAGCCUUUUUAGAUGAGGUGUCCGAGGUGAUGGCGUUUCAUGUUCGCAAGCUGUACACAGCAGAGGGGCGCAGGAUCGACAGCGUGCAAAGCCUGAUGACUUGCCCCGGUGUGUUGGUGUGUGUCGGGCGGGAAGCCUUCAGCCCGAUGCUCAUCAAUUAUAUCCGGAAAACAUCCGACGAAAAGCUGCCCGGUCUCACCAGCAAGUCUCCAGGUCUCGGUCCCCGAACUCCCGGAAACGGGGCUCGGUCUCCUGCCACCCAAGGAGCACGGUCUCCUCCACACGGAGCUCAAUCUAGAGCCAGCGAGUAUGACGAAGGCAAUGAAAGCAAGAAAAACGUUAACUUUGGUCUGGAAACCAAGAAAAGCAUCAUUCACCCUCGCUCUGACUCCUCCAAUCGCUCCACUCGUUUCUCUAUGUCCUCUGAGAAGUCGUACGGGAUCUACUCCCAGGGAAAACCAGCCAUCAUGAACGAUGACAUUGAAAAGCGCGUUCUUGUCAAUAAAGACGGGACCCUCUCGCUGGAAAUGAGGGUGCGAUUCCACCUCCAAAAUGAUGAAACCAUCCAGUGGUCCACACAAAUUAAAAAGUCUCCAUCACUGACCAACGAAAGCUGCCCUCUUAGCCAAGCCCAACAACAUUACCUGCAGCAGGGUCAAUCGGAAAGCUGUUCCGACCCGGAUUCUGGGUCUUAUGAGGGUGUGGACUUCUCCAGUCAAUCUCUCCAGUGUGCUUUGGGAAACCAUUGCCCCUGUUGCUACCACAAAGAGGACCAAAAAUUUGAUUUGUGGGAAAACCCGGCUCACAGCCUCAAACAUGCUCCCGUUCCUCCCUCACAUGCCUCCAACCACCCUACAAUGAGACACACCCGCUCCUCUAGCUCCUCCUCCUCGUGCAGCUCCAGGAGGGUGAUUCGCUGCCGAGCGCACCACUCCAAGCCUAGAGACGGCUCCGGGUCAGAGCACAGCCAACUAGUCCAGCAGGAGAUGUGCAUGACCGAGGAAGUUGAGCACAGAGUGGAGCUGGCGCCAGAUGGAGACACUCAGGUAGAAGUCUGCAAGGUCAGCAGGUGCUGCAGUCGCACUGAGCUGGUCGCCAUGGACACCAGCCUUCGACCGCACAGUGGGAAGUCUGUAGAAGGUGAUCUUACAACAGGAGAGGAUGACAAUCGUCCAUUGUCUGCAGUUAGUAGCUCCUCUCGUGUUCUUCAGUCACUGAAAGAGGAUCAAGAUGACGAGGACGAUGACCUCCCACCUAGCGCCUCCCAGUGCUGCCACAGGGAGGAACCAUCUCCUUCCCCAACUCCUCAACUGAAUGAAAACACAAGUGUCAUCUCAGCCAAUUCUACUAAAACCCGGAGCCAUAUUGAAAAUGGAAGAAGUGGGGCAGGAUCAGCGGCUUCUUCCUGUCACUGUGGAGCAGCUUCUCCACUUUCAAAAGUUGGAACUGAUGAAGUAGAACCAAGUUCCACUUCUAAUAGAAGCCAGUCUAGAACUCCAAAGGUUGAGGAAGUGGCAGCUGUGGAAGACGAAGUGGUACAAAGGCCUAGUAGUGGACGAUCCAGUAACACAAGACUUUCGGCAAGUUCCCACAAGUCCUCAGAAUCCAGCGUUUGCCCACAUUGUGGUGGCUGCAAACGUGGGGUUGGCUCUAAUUCCAACAGCAGAGCAUCAAAGAUGUCUGAUUUGUCUGACAGAACCUGUUCUCCACCUGUAUCACCAUCUCCCGCUAAAGAGAAUGAAGAUGUUGACCAUGAUCGGGAGGAAGGGUGCGACUCUACCUUAAAAAAUGUUGUGGAAGGCAGAGCAUCCAGUGCAAUGUCCAAAACCUCCAACCCAGAAGCAAAUGACAUAGAAAGGGCUCCCAGUGCCUCUUCAGCCAAAAGCAACAGGUCUCACAGGUCUGACUGCAAUAACAUCUCUAGUGCUGCAUCAGAGAAAGAGGAAGAAAGAAGUCCGAGUGCAUUAUCAGCUCAAUCCAACCUGUCAAGGAAGUCCCACAAUUCCAAAUGCUCCUCUGAAGCUGCUGUGGUCCACCCUAGAGAUGAAGCAGAAGGAGAGAACAUCACAGAAAGGGCGGUUAGCUCCUUAAGCAACAAAUCUGGAGCUUCAGUCAAGUCCCAUAAGUCCAGCUGUCUGUCAAACACUAAAACUCCUGAAGAAGAAGCAGACAAAAGAGCUUCUAGUAGUCUUUCUGUCAAGUCAAAUGGUUCUACCAAAUCUGAAAAGGCUGGUAGUGUCCUUUCACAGAAGUCUUCUAAAUCUGAUCUCUCUGCUAAGUCUAGAGCAUCCCGCAGCACUACUUGUAGUCACUGUGCAAAAGUCACAUCUUCAAGUGAUAUAAAAGGAGAAGACCCAAUGGAAGAUGCAUCUGAAGAGAAGGAAGAAGCAGAGGUACAAGAAAGAACAGCAAGUGUGAUGUCAGGAAAGUCAAAUUUGUCUGCCAAGUCCAACCUUUCUCAUGGAUCUUCCAAACAUUCAGAAGGACCUACCCAAUCGAAAAUGGUUGAAAAUGUAGAAGAAAGGGCAACAAGUCAAAUGUCUGGUAAAUUGUCCAUCAAAUCUACAAAGUCAUCCAGGUGUACUGACAAUGAAAAAGCCUCAUCUCCAACCAUAAACCUAGCAAAGGAUGUUGAAGAAAGCAAAGCUUUAGAAGCAGAAGCACAGCAGAGGCCUGAAAGUGGGAUGUCAGAAAAAUCUGAAAAUGAAAGGCAAGCUGCCAGUUCACCAUCAUGCAAAUCAGUGUCUUCGGCCAAGACUCACCAUUCAAAGGCUGAGGUGGACAGAUCACCCAGUGCUACUUCAGUGAGAUCCCAUUCUUCCACCAAGUCCAGGAGGUCUAACCACAUUGCAACAGAUCUCAAUGAUGCAGAAAUUCCCUCUGCCGAGAUGAACCCAAAAGAGAAAGAAACUGAUGAGCAUUUAGAAAGCCAAAGUCCAAAUAUUGUCACUAUUAAAACACCAGAAGUAGUUGAUGUUGAGGAGAACGUCUCAAAAGAGAGGCCACCAAGUGCUUCGUCAGGUAAAUCAAGUGUCUCGUCUGCUCUAUCGCGCAAGUCCAAUCAUAAAAGACCUGCCGAGAUUUCCGUUGUUGAAACAGGAGACGCAGGAGAACACGUGGACAAUAGCGCACCAAUAAGUAAAUCACCUGAUGGUCAAACGCUUUCACCGAGAAGAAGAACGUCAUCACGAAGUCGUUCACCCAAAGAUCAAGCUUCAUCCUCCAGAAGGUCUUGGUCCCCGGCACAACAGUUGCUGCCAAACCCUGAUACUGGGGAGGCAAGAGGGACCAGUGCCUUGUCAGUUCACUCCAUGAGUUCCACUAAGUCUGGAAGAUCCAAAUGUUGCUGUUCAGCAGCCUCAGAGCAAGAAAAGACAGAAAAGGAAGACAGGGAAACGGGCAAUGGGUUAAGUGAGGAGGUAUCUGAGCAACUGGUCAGCACCGUUUCAACCUCACCAAAGAGACAAAGAAAAGAAUCCGGGAGCACAGCCAAACCUUUGAGUCGUACCUCAUCUGGAUCAGUCUCUCUUGGGCUACCAGAAGACCAGGACACUGCAGAUUCUGACAGUGGCAAGUCCAAUGCGUCCUUUCACAGCAACAAUGACUGCAAGGUCAAAAGUAGAGAAAGUACAGUCAGUGCCCCCAAAAACUCCGAAGAUGAUGGAAGAGCUGGGUCCACAGUGUCCCAAAAGUCUAAUGGUAACAGCAGGAAAAGUCAUUCCUCCUAUAAUCCCUCGGGAGUUGAUAUUCCAACUAUUGAAGUCCCAAGGGAAGGCGAUGAUGCCGAGGAACAAGAAGUGGAAAGACCAAGCAGCAAGGUCACGACAAAAAGCAGCCGGUCAAAGAAGUCCUGCUGCAGCUGUGGUGUCAAAGCAGCAGAUCCAACUCCUAAGACAGAAAGUGUGAAUUCUGUAUCAGUCACAAGCAAAAAGGAUACAAAGACCUCAACUCCAACAUCUGGAAGUGCUAAAGUUCGGAAUCAAUCUCCUGCAAGUGCCAGUGCCAAAUCGUCCAGCGUCAAAUCUCAAAGUUCAUGUUGUCCCAGACCUGAAACAGCCCCAUCUACUCAGUCGGAGUCAAAAGAUGCUCCAAAGCAGAGUAAAGAAAAUGAGGAGGAAGAUGUGAUAACUAUCAAGAGUCAUAACACUAAAAGUGAGGACGGUAGCAUCAAAAAAUCAUCAUCCCACAGGAAAGAAUUUCAUGGGAAAUCAUCAAGCCCUUGUCCUCUACAUAACUCUAGACCAGGCAGCAAAGUAGAUGCAGGCAGUGAAAGCACCCUGUCUAAAUCUCUGUCUGCUGCUGACCUCUUGAAAGAAACCAUGGCAACUGCACGUCAACACAAGCAACCAUCGGAAUCCAGCAGAAGCAGACCAAGGAGUGAGGCAAGCGAGAGGUGCCAGAGUAGAAGGGAUCUAAAGGAUCCAGACGGUAUGCUGGAACUUACUCCUGCCUGUCUCCCCAACGCUUCCCCCAAUGAAGUUGUUACCGACUGGCUAAGCAGGAUCCCUGUUGAUAGCAGCAUGCUCGCACUAAGCAGCGAGUUACAUGACGAAGAGGAAGAGCAGACAGUACAAAAGAUGGAAGACACACUUGGAGAAGAGACAGUAAAAGAGGAGGUCAGUCCUGAGGAUGACGGCGAAGAUGGGGACAAUGGUGUAGAAGUAGAACAAGACAAAGAAGAAGAAGUUAAAUGUCAAGCAGAAGAGGGGGAGAAGGGUACAGGUCCACCUCCGGGUGAUUCAAAGAGGGAUUCUCUGUCCAAAAACUGGCAGUCCUCUGCGGCAGUGAUGAAAGUGCUGCUAGGCUCGUCUCUGGGUCGAUGUCGGAGUCUACCUGAGGUGUCUCCAGUUUAUGGGCGUAGACUGAGCUCUUCAGCCAGGGGGCUUUUGGACUGUCUGGCCCAACUUCAGCUCCUCGAGCCCGCUGUGAACUGCAGCAACCAGAAGGAGCGUAAGCAGCAGUAUGAUGACAUCAUGUCCAUCCUCCAGUCUCUCUGGCUAACUGAACCCACAGAGAGUGGGGACAAAAAUCCCAAGGAUGGACCCCCCGAACAGGUGACCCCACCAAGGUCCUCAUCCGGGGUGGGAAUGAGCAGUGGUUCCGGCGGGUCAGGAAAGGACAAUGGGAACCAGGGAGGAGAUGAAGCUGCAGCAACCCAGAACGAAGACGAGGCAGCAGUGAAGAUCGUAGAAGAGGAAGAGGAAAAUGUAGAGUCCAAAGACAAACCCGAAGAAACUUCUAAUGAAGACGAACUGCCAAAGAAUGAAGAGCAAAGCCCAGUACCUGACAGUCUAGACAGCCCGAAAACCAACGAAAACCCGUCAUCAUCAGACAAGGUCUCCACCAACGAUGGCUCCAAAUCGGCAACUGAUACUGAGAAAGAGACCCUAGAUGAUUCCCGAAGUGCCCCGCGGCCGCCGUUAUCCAAAAGACAGUCCCAAGACCCCGACCCGGUGUGGGUACUCAACCUCCUCACCAAGCUGGAGAAGCAGUUCAUAAACCACUACAGUGACGCCAUGGCGGAGUUCAAAGUCCGCUGGGACUUGGACGACAGCCUCAUUCUGGACACCAUGAUCUCCGAGCUGAGGGACGAGGUGAGCCGGCGCAUCCAGAACAGCAUCAAGCGCGAGGUCAAGAAGAUCCAAGGUCGAGCGGGAAAAGGAGGCAGGUCGCCUCGCCCGCCGGAACUAGCCAACCUGUCACGAGAGUCCACCAUGACGGAGAAGAGGCGGCGCAUGCUGAAGGUGAUGAAGAACCAGUCGGUGAAGACUGCCGACUCUGCCAGCGACGAAGAGACGACCGGUGAGUUCAGCGACCAGAGAAGCGAGGACGAGUACUGCCCCUGUGACGCUUGUGUCCGCAAAAAAAUGGCAACUCGGCCUUUCAAGAAGAACCCGUUGGCGGCCGAUGCGCCCGUAAUGAUGGAGUUUGACCUGCUUAAGAUACUCCAGCUGAAGAAAACCCCCGUACCGCCACCGGUCAAAGCUCCACAACCGGCAGAAAAGGAGGACGAAAGUAUUUCAGUCGACCAGGACGGGGGCAAUCUGGAGGUAGUCGAGGAGGAAGAAGAAGAGGAUGAAACCAAAGAGGAUAUCAAAGCGAACGUCGUUUUAGAGGAGACUAUUCCAGAGGAAGAUGAAGAGGAGGAUGAGGACGAAACCGAAAAAGAGAUGCAGCAAGAGGGAGAGACAAGUGAGCAAGAAGAGACGUCGGAAAAUGCAGAAGACGAGGAUCCAGGAGAAUGCACGUGUCGCUCUGCCGAAGAAACCAGCACCGAUAAUGGUGAGGAAACAGGAGAGGGGGACACUGGGGAAAACGAGGCGAAUACAGCAACUGGAGACGAAGAAGAAGAAGACGAUGAUGAAGACAAGGAGACGGUCAAAAAUGCGACUUCUUGCGAUGAAGAGCCUGUAGGGGACAAAAAUGCAGAAAAUGAAGAAUCCACUCUUGUGGAGAAGGAGGGAAACGUCAGCACCUCCGCAGAAGCAGAGGACGAAGAUGAUGGGGAUGAUGGCACAGGGGAGGCGGAGUCACCCGAAGAGGGAGGAGUUGGUGAAGAGCAAGAAGAAGAAGAGGUCUCAGAGGAGGAGAAAGCUUCUGUGAAGAAGCCGAGUGUGAAUCCAGCCGCCUGUGUGACCGAGGGCGAGGAGGCCGACGCCGAAGACUCAGAUGACAGUAAGCAGCAGAGCGACACCGGCGCCGAGGAAUCCGGACGUGACGAAGACGGGGAGGAAGAUGCUAGCGAGGACCUCGUGGAGGAGUUCAAGCCCGAGGAAGAGAGCGAGGAGGAGGUUUGCGGAAGCAAAAAGAAGGAUGAAGCUCUUCUGCACCAAAUGACCAAAACCUCUGUGGAGUCCCAGCCCGGCUCCAUGGAGGAGGUCGACGCGGAUUCCCCGUCCAACCAAGACGAAGUUCCCGCUGGCAACAAGAGGAGUCGGCCACCAGCCAAAGACGACUCCUAAAUUCCCCAACACUGGAAAACACAUCAGGAAAAAAAUACUUUGGAUUUAAGACUCACCUGAACACUUGAAGCACUUUAUCCUUCCAGAUCUGGAAUGUCACGGAUACAUCGGAUACAUCCCAGGACUGUAGAAACCUGGAACUUGAAGAACCGCUUUAUCAUAUUUAACCAAUUAUAUUUUUAAUGGUUAUUUUGCGUAUUUUGGGUAAUCAUACUUAUUAAAGUCAAUAUUUUGUUGAGAUAAAAAGAAUAUAUUGUGACAGCAAAUGGUACAAUCCCAAAGAUGGACCUUAUUGUUUUGGUCAGCAGCUUAGGAAGGGCAAAAACAGCCAGAUGGUCGGGAAAGACGGCUUUAUUGGGUCAUUCCUAUCGGAUUGGGAAGCUGGCAGGGAUGGAACCAGAUCCUCCAGACUGAAGAGGGGCAGCUCCAAGCCGACUCCCAGCAGAGUCCCCAUGCAGGCAGGACACCACUGGGCAACUGGCAGGGGCAACCCAGUCUUUUAGGAGGCGAUUGGUUCCAAGGAAUAGCAGGAAUUUCCUCCAGAUAGAAGGGAAACCAUUGACUGUACGUGCGAAUUGGAGUGAGUGACCCCUCCCCCCCCAAACAGGAAGUACCCCCUGGCUCCAAAAAGCCAGAAUCCCAUAGACUUUUACUAAGAAAUAAAUAACUAUUAAUCAGUCGUUACAUUUGUCAGAAUUUCUCUGAUAAUUCUUAUUAACGUGUUCUCGCUAAUACGAUUUUUUUCGUGAUUAUUAAUUUUUUUUGUUCAAAACGUUUCAUUGACAAGUAUUACGGGGCGUGGACUUCCAACAAGCUCACUGCUGAUUGGCUAGAGUGGUUGCUAUAGAAACAACGACUCUGACCAAUGCUUACUGACUCUGGCUCCAAAAUGGAGGCAUCCAUAUUGCUAAAAAAAAAUGUAAACUAUUUGAGAUGGGUGACAUCACAUUAACUCAGUCCAAUUCUCAUAUGCUGUCAAUGCUUUCUGACAGAACAUUAACUGGUAAAGAUAGGGGUCCCCAAAUCCAGGCCUUGAGGGUCGCCCUUCUCCUGGUUUUCCAGAAAAUCCUGCCUUAUCUGCUGCUGAUUACCUGGAUCAGGUGUGUUUGGCCAAUAAUGAACAUAAAUGGUGGGUUGGUUGGAAAACAUGUAGGACACCGGCCCUCAAGGCCUAGAUUUGGGCACCCCUGAGUCAAGGAAACAAGUGAUGGCUGGGACAUUGUGACUUUUAUAUCUUCUUUAACUAAAAGAACCAGACUGGUUUUUUCUGAUUUUCUUUGUAAGUAAAAUUAGCUUUUGAUCAUUUGGUUGCUUUUCGACUCGUUUUCAGUUUAGCCCUUUAUUUUGUUGUUUUUUUAAGGUGGCUCACCCCAUAAGACCCCAUGGUGACAACAGUGUGACAGAAAAAUAUCAAUGAUCUGUGGUCCAGUUUAUUUUAACUUAUUUAAAUUUUACGGAAAAUUGGGUCUGGGUUCUUGUAAGGUCUGAAAAGCACCAAAAUUUAGAAGUUUAGUGACUUAAUCAACAUGUUUCCAUUUUCAAAUGGUGUUGAGAUUUGACUGAAAGGGGUAAAAAAAAGAAAAAAAAGCAGCCAACAAUCAAGAACAUGUUUUAUGUGAACUCAGUUCUAUCCAGUCAAAUAGCCAUUAAUACAUGUAUUACCUCAGUUGACUUGUGUUGUUUCCUCUCAUGAAGUAAUGGCUGGACUCUCAGGACAGGUCAUCUCCAAGCUGUUACUUAACUCUCCGCUUAAAUCUGUAGCGUGCGAAGAGAUCUGCGAAAAUCUCUGAUACCCCGUGUUGUAAUCUGAUUACCUAAAAGUAAUCUUGGGAACUUGCUUUCUUGCAUUUAUCGUCAUGCUGGGAGUUUGGUUUCAAAGUUUUGAAGUAUUGAUGCCUUAUGGGGGCGCGAGCUGAUUUUUGGUUUCCCAGCAUUUUCUUGGAGACGUAUAUGAAAACCAGGUAUCCUGUGAUGGAAUUUUCUUUCUUUUAUUUGUAUCUCAUAAGAGUUCCGAGGCAGAGGUACUCCUUAAAUGUUCUGGACGUUCAGGACGAGGCAAAGGUGACCAAAAGUCUGCGUUUGGGCUGCAGAGACGAUAGGGGUGUGUGCCUACGCUGCUGUUGGUUUGUUUAGCUGUGAUCGUCAUUUGCUGGAAAUAACUGUAAUGACACAUACAUAAAUAAAUAAACAGCUACAUAUUUUCA